GUUUUGUUGUCAGUUUCUGUCAUAAAAAUUUUGUAUUUUGUUUUGACGAUUUCGUAUUAAUCAUUUUGCCGAUAAACAGCCCGCAAUAAUAUCUCAAAUAAUGGAUUCACAUACGAACUAUGAAGACUUUGAUGACAUGGAAAACCCGGAAGAUUUCACUGAGUCGCAGGGAAUUCCUUCGGAGGACCAACACGUAAAUGUGGAAAAAGUGGUGGAAGAACGUUUGUGCCAGCUACCAUUCAGCCGAAUCAAGAGCAUUAUGAAACUGGACCCAGAAUUGAAUUUGGUGUCGUCUGACAGUGUGUUUCUGAUGUCGAAAGUGACCGAAUUGUUUAUUAAGUCGUUAGCUAGAGAAUCGUUUGUAUUUGUCGAACAAGGCAAGAAAAAAACCGUUCAAAAGAAAGAUGUUGAUAUGGCGAUAAAUGCUGUGGAUGCUUUAAUGUUUUUGGAGGGAGCAUUAGACUUUAAUUGAAUUAAAAUAAGUUUUACGAAUAGCAAA